AUGGCGCUCAUCGGCGACUUCAAGAAACAAGUGAAUUCAUUGGUGGCGCAGAAGGCGAGUGCCAAGAAGGUCUUGGCCUCGACCAUCGGUGCGGCCCAGGGCUUCCAGUCCAUCCUCCCCAGCCUCGACGGCGGUGGCCGCGGGCUGGGCGCGCGCGCGGCCUCGGAGACGCCGCGACCCAAUGAGGAGGUCACCUUACCGGCCCUGAACCUCACACAAUCCCAGGCAUCGGAGACGACGCCCUCCUUGGACCAAACGGUGUCGGAGAUGGGCUUUGCGGCGAGCAGCCAGCCAGCGGUGACCAGCCAGCCGAGAUGGAAGCAGUUGGCGCAGAAGGCCAAAGAGGACAUGGCGGCCACUCAACCGGCGCUCGGUGUGGAGAAUACCGGCGACACCAAGCGCCUGGCCAACCACGCGCGACGCGCGAUCAAUGCGUUGGCAGCGCGACCAACGGUGGAGCCGGAACUGGAGGAGAACAUCGAGACCUUUGCCAAGUUGCUCGUGGAGACCUUCGGCUCCCUAACCGCCGCCUUCGAGGAAUUCGAUCACCACGGACGCGAGGAGAUCACGAGGGCGCAGUGGGAUGCGGCCCUGAACGCGAGAGGCUGGGAUACACAGGAGAUAUGUGGCAUCGCAGCAUCUAAGCUGUUCAGCCUCGUCAGCCGGGCCUCUAAGAAGCCGAUUGGCGCGCUGACGCUGCCCGCGUGGAAGUCCUUUUUCAAGAAGUAUUUGAACCGCACAGCUGCACAUCUUCUGGAGGAGGAUCGCGUGGAGAUAGACGGUUCCACGAAAGAAGUCCUGGAACAUCUAAAGGCACCGAAGCUGGAAGUUCCCAAAGAAGAUGCCAAGGCUUCCUCAGAUGGAAUGUUCUACUUUCAACGCCGGAACUGCGUGAUUACCCAGCCCCUGCCGGAUGCCCUUCCUGGAGAUGGUCUCCACGAGCGGAAUGCAGGCUCCAAGGAUGGAGAUGAUGGCACAUCAGAUGAAGAAGAUGCCGGCCGUCGAGCUCCACACUUGGAUGCAGACGCCCAGCGCCGCCUGCUCCGGCGAGACGAGGACCACGAGGACCAGGAUGAGGACGCGAAGCGUCGGCGGGCAGCUGCGGCGGGCGACUCUGCCGAAGCCGCGAGGCAGAACGAGGCCACCGACUCCACCGUCGACCCCGGCUUCGCGCCCUCCGGACCCGGCUUCGGUCGCGCCCCGACGCCGGACCCGGGCGAGGGGGACGAGGGGCUCAAGGGCCUUCGGAAAGCCAGGCGGGGUGGCUUACAUGGUGACACUGGGCAAGAAGAUGCCGCGAAGGCCAACGGUGCAGAUGAGAAAGAGAAGUCCAGGCCAAGUGGAUCGAGGGCACCAGAGGUCCGGGCGCAGAUGCCCACGAGACCGCGGGCGGCGGGAGCGCUGCGCGCGGUGGGGCCGAUGCAGCGGGAAGCGCUGGUCUUGGGGAGAUGGGCAGAAGCACCAAGGAGACAAGUAGCACUGGCACGACGACUACUUCGGCUACAGGUCGGAGUUCCGGCGACGCCGGUGCCGGGGCGCGGGACCGCCGUGGUCCCGGCUCCGGCGGCGAUCUCGGCGCUGGGAGUGCCGGUGGGACCGGCGAUCUCGGCGCUGGGAGUGCCCGCGGAGAUGACGGGUCACGUGGGACAGAGGAUGGGUCUUCUUCGCACGGUGAAGCGCGUGCGAAGACCGACGGAGGGGCCACCGCGCCUGGGUGAAGCAGGACACGAGGAGCCCAAGGAUUCGGCUGUCGACGAGGGUCUGCCGGACGAUGCAAAGGUCGAAACGACCGUGGCCGUGACCAGCAUUGGUCUCCAAACCACCUCGCAGGGCAUUCAGGCCGACUCCGACUUGGAGGAAGAGGUGAGCAUUGAGGAGACUCCUGGUCCUCCGGGCGAUUUUCAGUCCCUCGUGAAGCAGGUCUUCCGGCUCUAUGCCUCUGGCUACUCCAAGGGUCGUUUCGUCUUCAUUCGGAACCCGGAUCUGUCACGCUUCAUGGAGGACUCCAAGCACAUCCUCCCUGGCUUUCGGAAGAGGUUCCGCCGCUUCAAACGGAUCUUCGAGUCGCUCUUCGACGACACCAUCCAACUGCAAUGUGACAUGCCGGGUCAAGGCCUGCGUAUCACGGCAGGCUUGACGCUGGACUGGUUCCAAGUCUUCGUUCAGAAGGUGGUUCGGCGCAUUGGGAUGGAAGUGAUGAGCUUCUUCGCAGCUCUUCUGGAAUCGCAGCUUUACUAA